GUACCAGGUAGGUGAAGAUAGGUAUUUUCGAGACCUGACGACCUCACGGCGAAAACGACUACGAGAACAGCAAACACGACACACACACAAACAAUCGCAAGAGACCCUCCAAAAAACCCAAUUCUCACGUCCCACAAGCAAGCCAGAAGAAGAAGGCCAAAGAAGAGAAAAGACGAAAGAGAAAAAACACAAUGAAACUCCUCACCCUCAACUUCCUCACUUGCGCGCGCAAAACCUGCAAAUCCUCUCCCGCAGCAUUUCCUCUCCAUCCGCAAGAAGCCGAACUGGAGCAAAUCGAACUCGACUUGAAUCCUCUGUUUAUCAAGAAUAUCCUUCCUCGUCUUGAUUGGACGGCGAUGAAGACUGUUGCGAAUGAAUUGGGAUUACCGAAUUUACCGGCUGAAGUACCCGAGGCUGAGGCGUUGAUGGUGAUGAGUGGUGGUGGUGAGGGACAAGAAGAAGGAGAACCGACGCAGGUUUUGAAGGAUUUGCAUUUGUUGUUUAUGGAGACGAGUAUUCGAAGUGGGAAAUUGGUUUGUGGGAAUUGUGGGCAUGAGUAUGCCGUUAAAGAGGGCAUUGCCAAUUUUUUGUUGCCAAGCCAUAUGGUUUGAUGUUGGAGCUGGUGAGAAAGGGGUGAUCAAAGAGUGAGAAACAGAAGAAUGAUGGGGUCGCUAAGGAUGUGAGCGAGGAAAUGAAUCCUGAAGCUGCCGCUUUACUGCUACGUGGGGCUAUGCUACGGUCGAUGGUCACAAAUGAUGGCAGGGACGGUAUGGUAUGCCAGAGCAGAGUCAACACAACCGGGCGAUAAGGGGGAAGAUAUCGAGUCCGACUGUUCAAGAAGAGGCCGCAUUGUCGUCAUUAGCAACAAAGCGAUGCGGAUACCGGUUGGUACGGCAGUAGAUAGGAAGAGGCGUUGCUGUCGGCUGCCUAGCCUUGCCGAGAGUCUAGAGAUAUGGGUACAGUACUGUAGCUAUUGGAACCCACCUGGGCGGUAUAUCCC